AUGUCCCUGGGGAAGGGGGCUGGGGACAGGUCCCUGGAGCUGGCCCUGACAGUGAACGCGCGGGCCCAGCGACGGGGGCGGCGCGGGCACAGCUUCUCCGUGUGCGAAGGCAAGCCCUUCCAGCUCUGGGCGCUCGGGCUCUGCAGCACCGAGCGCCACCUAGCCCGGCGCCUCAAGAGGAACAGCUUCUACCCGUUCACGCAAGUGCAGCCACACGUCUUCGUGCUCGAGUACUACCGGGACUCACUCUGGAAGGGGACGCUGCUCUUUGUUGUCUGCUUCCUCCUGGUCAGCUUCAACAUCGUGAGCCAGGUUCAGAAACAGGAGACUUGGGGCUUGCCCGCGUGCGGCAUGGUCGUGGGGCUGUGGCUGGUGGUCUCCUCGCUGCCUCGGCGGCGCCUGCUGCUGCACUGCAAGCGCGGCUACUACCACUUCUCCAUCCAAGGCCACACCGUGUACCAGGGCCCCUUGCACCUUAUUUACGUCCGCCUGGCGCUCAACUCAGACGUCCACGGAAAGUGCUUCUUCCAGCUGGUUUUGAGCGGCUACAAGCUGGAGCCGCUGGUGCUGGUGCAGCUGUCUGAGCGCUACGAGCAAAUGGAGUACCUGGGCCGCCACAUCGCCCAGAAGCUCAACAUCAACUACUUUGACUGCUUGGCCUUAUCCUAUCGGCACGUGGUUCGGCACUGGCCGCUGUCGCCCUACACUGGCAAAACCGAGCGCAAGAAAGAAGGCUUCUACAGCUCUGUGACAGACCUGGACCUGUGAGGCCGCGGGGUGCCUCAGUGUACCCCUCCCAGCAUUGCACUGCCCUUCACUGUUGCCCACGGCCUCCUUGCCCACCAUAAAGCUCCUUCUUGGUUCCA